AUGCGUAUUCUCGAAACACGGUUUGCCAAUACCCGCAAGAACAAAGGUGAAGACUCGGGACCCAAAGUAGUGGUAACGGUUGAUGAUAAUAGUGAUGAUGGUAGCGAUGACGGUGGUGCUGUGGGGACUGAGAUUAACAUCCACGAGCAAGAGAGCACUCACGAUACAAGUGGCAUGGAUGAGGGCCUUGAUGAAGGCCAAUACUAUAGUCACGAUGAAGACACAUAUCCGGACUUCGGCACUAACUUGGAGGAGCUCGAUGGCUCAGAUACACCUCCUGCUUUGGCUAGCAAUCAUGGACAGCGUGUCGACAUUGAACUGGUCGUGCCCACCAUUGAAGACACGAUAGGUGCUUCAUCGGAGGCUGGUUUUGCCUUUCCCACUACUGUCGCUGAUGCUGUCCUGAGCCUUCCGGCAGUGCAACCUCCUCCUUCUCCUAACCUGCGUACUCCUGACAUGGCUGCUGACGCCUCUCCGCCACUUCUAGCAGUUCCUCCUCCUAUUUCUCCAAUUCCGAGCGCACCUGACAUGGCUGCCGGCACCGCUCCACUUCUUCCGGCAGUACUUCCCCUUACUUCUCCAAUCCCGAGCACACCUGACAUAGCUUCCGGCACCGCCCCACUUCUUCCAGCAGUACGUCCCUUUGCUGAGAUUAUUGACAAUAGUCAUAAGAAUGGUGAUGCUUUUAUCGCAGGUUCCUCAAAAGGGCAUUCAUUCGAGAAAGGCAUGUCUUGGCAAGAUUGGGAGAAUUCCUACACGGCAUUCAAAGCCUUUUUUGAUAGUGGUGUCACCAUUCUUAGAUCCAUUGAUGAACUUCUUCCGCUUUGCCACAGAUUCGAUGGUUAUGUGACAUUCCAAGGUGCCCUCGUGUAUCCAGAGACGGUUAAAGCCUUGAAAAGGUUCAUGGACAAAUACGGAAGUUUGAUGGAAGCUACAGAUGUCACCUCCUCUUUCUCAAGGUGCACUGCCCUUCGAGCCCUUGGCUUAGUACUUCAUGGGAUGGACACCAUGCAACUCCUUGAUAUUACGGAUCACAAACUGCUCUGUUGGCGAGAUGCAAUAUGUGAGGCCAUGAUUCUGGGCUUUCGCGUGGAAUUUCUUCUCAAACUCGUGAAGAACUUAGCACGUGCCGUCUUUGGAGCACGGGCCAUUCGUAGUAUGCAAUUAUCGCAUGACUCUGAUGAAGUAAAAGCUGCUGCAGAUGCCUUGAAUAUUAAACAACAGGAGUUGGAGAACCAGCGCCGGGAGAUGCAUGCCCUCCUUCUUGCUAAGGGUAUUUCUGUUGACAGCGCUGAGUGCGUGACGGAGGCAGCGGCCAGAUUAUCUCCUGGGGCUUCCUUUGUUCUUUUCGGACAUUCCCCAUAG